UCAAACCCUAAUACCUUCUCUCUCCACAACUUUAUAAAAACCUGCUCCUCCAUCUAUCUCUCUCCAUCUAUCUCUUGUCCAUGGUCGGAUCGGUGAUGUUUCUGUACUGAGCUCCGAAAUUUGUUUUCUCCCUUCACUUCCUUCUUUGGUCGUCAUAUUUCAAAUAUUGAUUCUAUAUAUCUCAAUUUUUUUGUCCGACUUAUUCUGGUGAUUCUAUAUAUCUCAAUUCUGGUCGUCAUAAGUUGAUUUUUAUAAGUUUUGGCUGCUUUUCCAGUCAUUUGUAGAUCUAAAUAUCUUCGGAACAAAACUUAACCAAUCAAUUUGAUCCGGCUAAUUGUCACCAAUCUAUCUAAAUAUAUUCACGGCGAAUAAAAUUUCGUAAUUUUCGGGGAGCGCAGAAAAAAUGUCUACAAUUUUUAUUUAUUUUUUAAUUUCUCAGUCACUUGUAUAUAAUGUCCGUUUCACUACAAAGUUUUUCAAAUUCAAAACCUUGCCCGCUCAUUCUUCCCCUUCUAGUCAAUCUUCUCUACAAUGGAGUCUGGAAAGAAAGUUACUAUUUUCUUUCUGUGUUUGUGCAAUCUCUCGGCACUCACCCUCCCAAACCCCACUCCCCCAGUUCCGCCAUCCUCAAACCCCAAUUCCGCCACCGGUCCCACCGGUCCCACUUUGGAUUCCGCCACCGCCAAUGUUCCCGCUCCCACUUCCGAUUACGCCACUGCUCCCGCUUCUUGGCAGCCUCGGGCUCCCGGGCUUCCACCUCUAAGUAGGCCUCUGACUUCCACAUCUGGUCAGCCUUGGGGUUCCUCGCCUUGGGGUUCCUCCUCUCGGGCCUCUCGGCAGUCCUCUCGGCAGCCUAGGGCGUCCUCUUCUCAGCCUCUGUUUCAAGAUUUCUCCUCUUGGCCGCAGCCUAGGCAGCCUCUAGGGUUUGGGACGUCAUUUCAAGAUUUCUCCUCUUGGCAGGGGUUUGGGACGUCAUCUUCUCAGCCUCUGUUUCAAGAUUUCUCCUGGACGUCAUCUCAAGAUUUCUCCUCUUGGCCGCAGCAGCCUCUUCAAGAUUUCUCCUCUUGGCUGCAGCCUCUAGGGUUUCUAGGGUUUCAAGACUCCUCCUCUUGGCCGCAGCCUCUAGGAUUUGGGACUGGGACGUCCUCUUCUCAGCCUCUUUUCUUUCAAGAUUCAUCCGCUUCCUCCUCUGGGCAGCCAUUUCAAGAUUUAGGGGCUUCCUCCUCUGGGCAGCCAUUUCAAGAUUUAGGGGCUUCCUCAUCUGGGCAGCCAUUUCAAGAUUCAUCUGGGCAGCCAUUUCAAGAUUCUCUGCAGCAUCAUGGGGCUUCCUCUGGGCAGCCUUUUCAAGAUUCAUUUCCUCUGCAGCUGCCGUUUCAAGGGGCUUCCUCCUCUGGGCAGCCAUUUCAAGAUUCAUCUGGGCAGCCAUUUCAAGAUUCAUCUGGGCAGCCAUUUCAAGAUUCUCUGCAGCAGCAUGGGGCUUCCUCUGGGCAGCCAUUUCAAGAUUCAUUUCCUCUGCAGCAGCCGUUUCAAGGGGCUUCCUCCUCUCGGCAGCCGUUUCAAGGGGCUUCCUCCUCUCGGCAGCCAUUUCAAGGGGCUUCCUCCUCUCGGCAGCCUAUAGGUAAUCUUGAUUCCUCCUCUUGGCAGCCUAUAGAUAAUCUUGAAGACGAGUUUGGAGGAAUUGAUUUCGGGAUACAGUUUGGAUUUCCCUUAAGAUUUGAUUUUGAUGCUCAUGUUCCUGAAGCCCCACAUGAUGAUAUUAUAUCUAGUCUUGAGCCCUUCCCUAUAGUUGACGAUAUUGUUGUGCUAAAUGAUCCUCGGCCACUGCUGAUGGAACCGCGUCCCUCUCCGACGCAGACUGUGGAGCCACAGUCCUGUCCUGCGUCUCAGCAUGAGCAGCCGUUUCAAGGGGCUUCCUCCUCUCGGCAGCCGUUUCAAGGGGCUUCCUCCUCUCGGCAGCCAUUUCAAGGGGCUUCCUCCUCUCGGCAGCCUAUAGGUAAUCUUGAUUCCUCCUCUUGGCAGCCUAUAGAUAACCUUGAAGACGAGUUUGGAGGAAUUGAUUUCGGGAUACAGUUUGGAUUUCCCUUAAGAUUUGAUUUUGAUGCUCAUGUUCCUGAAGCCCCACAUGAUGAUAUUAUAUCUAGUCUUGAGCCCUUCCCUAUAUUUGACGAUAUUGUUGUGCUAAAUGAUCCUCGGCCACUGCCGAUGGAACCGCGUCCCUCUCCGACGCAGACUGUGGAGCCACAGUCCUGUCCUGCGUCUCAGCAUGAGGAGCCAGAGUCCUCUCCUGCGUCUCACCACGAGGAGCCACACUCCUGUCCUGCGUCUCAGCACGUGGAGCCACAGUCCUCUCCUGUGUCUCAUCACGAGGAGCCACAGCCCUCUCCUACGUCUCAGCACGAGGAGCCACAGUACUCUCCUGCGUCUCAGCACGGGGAGCAACACUCUGUGUUUCAGCACGAGGUGUCACGGGCCUCUUCUCCAUCACAGCCUGUGGAGCUACGUGCCUCUUCUUCAUCACAGCCCGAGGACCGACGCGCCUCACAGCUAUCUCUGAUUCGCCGCAAUCCUAUAUGGCCGCUGCUGGAGUUGACACUGCUGGUCCACCGUUGUGCGAAGCGGGCCAGGGAUGUGUUGGACUGGUGUGUCGGGGUGAACAAGCGUCAGAAGCCCGACCCUUGAUGCUCUCUUUUGAAGACAAUUUUGAUGUAUCGGCAGUAGCAUUUUAUUACUAGCUUGUAAUUGAAUUUGCUCGAUGAAAUUGUAAAGUCUAUAUCCCAAAUUUCACUUUUGAGUUCAUUGAUAUAAUAGUGCUUUCUUGUUUCAUUA